CCCAGUAGUGCCGCCCACCUGUGUCCAGUAGUGCCACCCACCUGUGCCCAGCAUCUGUACCACCAGUCAGUGCCCAGCAGUUGGGCCAGUCAGUGCCCAGCAGUUGGGCCAGUCAGUGCCCAGCAGUGCCACCAGUCAGUGCCCAGCAUUGCCGUUAGUCAGUGCCGCCUAUCAGUGCUGACUAUCAGUACCCAUCAUCAGUGCCGCCUAUCAGUGCCACCUCAUUAGUGCUGCCUAUCAGUACCACCUAUCCAUGCCACCUCAUUAAUGCCACCUAUCAGUGUCACCUCAUUAAUGCUGCCUAUCAGUGCCCUUCAGUG